AACACAACCGAACACCUCAUACAUCAUGACCGUGGAUAAAUCCAAAGAGGAGAAACUUGCUGAUUAUAUCUUGACGCAUCCUCAGGUUGAAUCUGUCCGAGGAAACCCUCGGGAAAUACUUCGGUUGAUCGAAGAGUAUGCCCCUACAAUUAAACUCGGGAUGAUAAUUGGCCCCCAUAGGGGACAAGUAAUCAUUGACGAAAUCAAAAAGGUCAACCCCAAAGUUAUGAUUGAGCUAGGCUGCUAUGUUGGAUACUCGGCCAUUUUAUUCGCUCUGGAGUUGCCCGAGGACGCAAAGUAUUACAGUUUUGAAGUCAAUGAGAAAUUUGCUGCCAUCGCAACAAAAUUAAUCAGAUUAGCUGGAUUGACUCAUAAGAUCGAGAUAUUCGUGGGCAAGGCAAGUGACAAGUUGCCCGAGUUUAGAGAUGGCAUGAGUGGUCCGGAUGAGAGGUUCACCCCUGUUGACUUUAUAUUUAUUGAUCAUUGGAAGGACAUGUAUGUUCCCGAUCUUCGUAUUUUAGAAACUUUAAAUUUGAUUGCUCCUGGGACUGUAAUUGCUGCUGAUAAUAUUAUCUACCCAGGUGCACCAGAUUAUGCCAAGUAUGUCAAAGGUUCUCCGAAGUACAGAAAGGAACAUAAUAUGUCUAAUAAAAAUAAAAAUGGUACUAAAUAUUUGGGCCGGUGGAAUAUCUUGUAUGAAUCGGAAACAAUUGAGGUGGUGAGUCCAAAUGGAGAUAAAGAUGGUGUGGAAAUUUCAAAAUGCGUCGAUUAUCUUUCAGGAUGAAUCAAACGGGAGGUAACAAAAAGAUCAUUAGUCGGUUAGUAACUUAAUGGAUAUUGUCUAAGUGCUUUUCUGUAGUAUAUGUGUAUAACAAAAGCGUCUAUCGCACAAUCAGUAGAUAAACUAUGAAAUACAGGACUUGCCAACU